GAAUAUAAAUAGUUUCUGGGAAGGACACUGACAACUUCAAAGCAAAAUGAAGUUCUUUCAGUUGUUUUUCACCAUUGGGUUCUGCUGGGCUCAGUAUUCUCCAAAUACACAACAAGGACGAACAUCUAUUGUUCAUCUGUUUGAAUGGCGAUGGGUUGAUAUUGCUCUUGAAUGUGAGCGAUAUUUAGCUCCCAAGGGAUUUGGAGGGGUUCAGGUCUCUCCACCAAAUGAAAAUGUUGCAAUUCACAACCCUUCCAGACCUUGGUGGGAAAGAUACCAACCAGUUAGCUAUAAAUUAUGCACAAGAUCUGGAAAUGAAGAUGAAUUUAGAAACAUGGUGACUAGAUGCAACAAUGUUGGGGUUCGUAUUUAUGUGGAUGCUGUAAUUAAUCAUAUGUGUGGUAAUGCUGUGAGUGCAGGAACAAGCAGUACCUGUGGAAGUUACUUCAACCCUGGAAGUAGGGACUUUCCAGCAGUCCCAUAUUCGGGAUGGGAUUUUAAUGAUGGUAAAUGUAAAACUGGAAGUGGAGAUAUCGAGAACUAUAAUGAUGCUACUCAGGUCAGAGAUUGUCGUCUGUCUGGUCUUCUUGAUCUUGCACUGGAGAAAGAUUAUGUGCGUUCCAAGAUUGCUGAAUAUAUGAACCAUCUCAUUGACAUUGGUGUUGCAGGGUUCAGACUUGAUGCUUCCAAGCACAUGUGGCCUGGAGACAUAAAGGCAAUUUUGGACAAACUGCAUAAUCUGAACAGUAACUGGUUCCCCGAAGGAAGUAAACCUUUCAUUUACCAGGAGGUAAUUGAUCUGGGUGGUGAGCCAAUUAAAAGCAGUGACUACUUUGGAAAUGGCCGGGUGACAGAAUUCAAGUAUGGUGCAAAACUCGGCACAGUUAUUCGCAAGUGGAAUGGAGAGAAGAUGUCUUACUUAAAGAACUGGGGAGAAGGUUGGGGUUUCAUGCCUUCUGACAGAGCGCUUGUCUUUGUGGAUAACCAUGACAAUCAACGAGGACAUGGGGCUGGAGGAGCCUCUAUUCUUACCUUCUGGGAUGCUAGGCUGUACAAAAUGGCAGUUGGAUUUAUGCUUGCACAUCCUUAUGGAUUUACACGAGUAAUGUCAAGCUACCGUUGGCCAAGAUAUUUUGAAAAUGGAAAAGAUGUUAAUGAUUGGGUUGGGCCACCAAAUGAUAAUGGAGUAACUAAAGAAGUUACCAUUAAUCCAGACACUACUUGUGGCAAUGACUGGGUCUGUGAACAUCGAUGGCGCCAAAUAAGGAACAUGGUUACAUUCCGCAAUGUAGUGGAUGGCCAGCCUUUUACAAACUGGUAUGAUAAUGGGAGCAACCAAGUGGCUUUUGGGAGAGGAAACAGAGGAUUCAUUGUUUUCAACAAUGAUGACUGGUCAUUUUCUUUAACUUUGCAAACUGGUCUUCCUGCUGGCACAUACUGUGAUGUCAUUUCUGGAGAUAAAAUUAAUGGCGAUUGCACAGGCAUUAAAAUCUACGUUUCUGAUGAUGGUAAAGCUAAUUUUUCUAUUAGUAACUCUGCUGAAGAUCCAUUUAUUGCAAUUCAUGCUGAAUCUAAAUUGUAAAAUUUA